GGGGAUGGCAGGGUUACAUUCGGGUCGUUCCGCCACGACAAUCGCGAGAACGCUUGAUCGUAUUUUAGAAGAGUCUGUGUUGACUGGUGAAUUAUUCUUAUGUGGACGCAAAAUAAAAGAAUAUCCUAAAAAUGCAUCGAAGUAUAAUUUAAGUGAUACUGUGAUAGCAGACUUUUCCCACAACCGGCUGUGCGAGGUACCGUGCGAGGUGUGUUCCUACCACUGGCUGGAGAAGCUUCUCAUCCACCACAACGCCAUCAAGCAGCUGCCGGCCGCACUAGCCUCCCUCUCCCAGCUUACUCUACUCGACGUCAGCCGCAACCAGCUUUCCGAUAUCCCGAGCUGCAUCAACCAACUGAGCAAUUUACGCAUCCUGAACUUAUCUGACAACCGUUUGACGAACCUGCCAUCUAACCUUGGUUGUGGACUACCACAUCUCACUCAGCUGGAUGUCUCGCAUAACCAGCUAACCGGCCUACCAGCGUCACUGGGUCAUUUACACCACCUGCGCAGUCUGCUGCUCAGACGCAAUAAACUUCAGACUUUACCUCCAGAAGUGUGUUACCUGCGGCUGUCAGUGCUGGACCUGAGCAGCAACAACAUCACGGCACUGCCCAGCGACCUCCGUUUUAUGUUAUCCCUUACAACCCUCCUCUUGUCCGACAACCCACUACUCUGCCCACCCACUCAGGUAUGCGCACGUGGUCGCGUGCACGUGUUCAAGUGGCUGGAGUUGUCGGCAGGCAAGGAGGGCAGGAGGACAGGUGUGCAGGAGUUGGAGCAGCGUAGGAACAGGAAACAUCUGCAGCAACAGCAGCAACUUGCACUGCAACAGCAACAGCUUGUACAGCAGCAACAACUGCAGCUACAGCAGCAACAUCUCCAGCAACUUCAGCAUCCUGACAUCAGCCGAGUGCUGAGUGAAGCGAGUGCAGGACAGCGCACCACCGUUGACAGCGGCUACAGCGACACCUGCGACUUCAACAGGUGGCCCUGCAACUCGCACGAGGUGGACGAUGAGGCUGGACUGCACGACCGCCUCGGUCGCCUCAGCCUCUCCGGCAGCUCUACGCCCAGCACCCUCAGCCCCACUGAUGCCGGCCUCAGCCUCGAGGAUGAGGUCCAUAAGGCGAUGCAGCAGCGCAUGGAGUUCGACCUGCUGUACUGUGGGGGCGAAGCUCCCCUCCCGCCGCCCCAUGAUAACACCACAGCCUCCAGUCCCCCUGACGCUCCCCCUGGGCUCGGUAGCAGGGGUAGGAGCUGCGAUGUAGAGGAUGGCGUUGCAUACUCCCCAGCCUCCCCAAGCAUCCUCCCUCACCUUACAGCGACGGCGGCCCCAGCUUCCCCAUCCACCGUGCCUACAUACAAGGACUACCUGGAAGCUAAGCGGCAGCAGCGGGCGCUAGAGGCGGGCCGCGUGUACAGGAGUGCUGCUGCUGACGGGGUGCCUUCCCGCCCUGACUCCCUCCCUUCUCAUCCCUCUAAUUCUUCCUACAGCAACGGAAACUGGAGUGCCUCUGAAGCAGAUCGCGCUCACGUUAAGACCUUACAGAAAGAGGCCGUGUUGUCUUAUGUUAAGUCUCGCGUGAGUCCUACGAAAGAAUCGUUACCAGGUUCACCGAACACAAGUUUUGACUCAGCUGGUGCCCCUGAGUCUCCUGUACCUCCUCCGUCUAAUGGACUGGGGCAUCAGCUUCCCGUAUCUUCUUACCUACACUCCCCACACGGGCCGACACGGUCGCCCUACCCCAGCGAAGAAUACAUUCAAGCCUCUCAUUUAAGUGGAGUAAACUCACCUCAAUCAAUCCAGAAAAUAGACUCAUCUGGAGUUCCUAAUAACGCAAUAUCUAAUUGCGGUCGCCCCACUACUCUCACCUCCUCCCGGAGUAGCAAUAGGUUAAUCAACAACAGCAACGGUAAUAAUAAUGGCAAUCGGUCCAACGGUGCCAGUGGUAUCCCCACCUUAAAAGGUUCUAGUAAUACACCUUCCCCAACCUCUCCUAUAUCACCAAGCAUUCCUAAGUCUGUAGCAAUCAAUACACGCUUCUUUCCCUCGACUAAUAACGUUUCCUCUACCGUAAAUAAUACAAGAAAUCCUUCCACUCGCUCUAACGGGACUAAUAAGAGCGCUAACGGCAAAAUACCUAACGGUAGUACCGGUAGCAGCAACAGUAACACCAACAGAACAGCAAUCAAUGGGAGUAUUCGGCCUGCUGCUGCCACCCCUGCAGCCAGCAAUACCGGCAAGACUGUCGUCGGCAACGGCGUCUCUAAAGCACCGAUGUUGGCCCAGCAGCGACGACGGGGCAGUGGUGCCGGGCUGGUUGGUAGUGGCAUCCCUGGCAGCACGAAUGGCGUGAGGGGCGACGCUGGUCUGGACGGCGAGGCGCCCUCCAAGCUCGGCUUCACGUACAGGCGGGAGAUGGAGAAGCAGCAGCACGAGAAGCUCCUGCUCGACAACUUGAGAAAUAUCAUCGAGAGCCGCCUGAAGGUGACGCUACCGAGCAACAUGGGUUCUGCUCUCGUGGACGGCGUCGUGCUUUGUCAUCUCGUGAACCACGUGCGACCACGUGCCGUGCCCAGCAUACACGUGCCUUCUCCUGCCGUGCCAAAGCUGACUGUCGCCAAGUGUCGUCUGAACGUCGAGAGCUUCUUGGAGGCGUGCAAGAAGAUCGGCGUCGAGGAGGACUUGCUGUUCACAGCAGACAACAUCGUGGAGCCGCCCUUUGAUGUUGAACUCGUACUUGCCACCGUACACAGGCUUGUGUUUCCCGACCAACCGCUGCCACAUGUCCUUCAACAUCUUCUGCCUCCCCCUGCGAAGUCCGUACCACAAUCUAAUGGCAGUGUUAAUCUUGACCCUGUAGUUGCGAACCGAAGGGUAAAUUGCGCUGAGCUAGGCUUGAUAGUGAGUGAAAAUGACAUGGAAAUUACUGAAAGUUUGGAGAAGAGUCCUGUCGAUGCCGAAAACGAUUUUGACACUUCCGUAGAAGAGAGGAAACGGCACUCAGAUGUCGCAGUGGAAUUUGGGAGCUCUGAAGUAAACGUUGAACGAUGCCACCUCGGCUCUGCUUCGUCUGGAAAUAACAAUACGGCGAUGGAAAGCUCAUCCGAUCGGCCGGGCCAUAGAGUGAACAGUUUAGUUAUAGCAUUCGAGAGUCGUCUGAACAGCCUUGAAGGAAACUCUUCGCCUGAACGCGAAAAAUGUUCAGAGUCCUCUCGUGAAGAAAAUCAACACUCGCCUACUGAAGUCAAACUCCUCUCUGAUGUUGAUCAACCGGAUAAAUGGGACCCGACGAUGACUGAAAUUACCACAGUCACCGAGUCUCGCGAUGAUUCCGGUUCUGCUGCGGUUGACGUUUUGAACACAAAGCGACUAACCUCGGGCGGAAGUUUGGACCUCAGUGUGCCUGAUCUUGUAACCUCUACGAAUGGCUGUAAUAAAUUAGUGCCUAUGCAAGGAUCUUUGCCCCACAAAUGUGCCUCUAGUGUGCUCUCUGAUUCUAACAUAGGUGUUGGUGCUGUCAUUUCUCAUGCUCGGCCUGUUUUAGAUAAGUUCUCAGUCGAUGCACAAUCGGCGUUUUUUGAAGUGCCUAUAAAAACCGUUGAUGAAACUCUGGUAACUCCUACAAGCACUGCUAUGGCCACCGCUCCGUUGCCUGUAAGAGACGACAGACUUCUGUCGCUAUUCCUCCUUGCAUUUUUCAUACUGAGUUCAGCUUUACUAAUAAUGUUUCCAAUAGGGCAGUAAAUUUGCCGACCUUGCCCCCUAAGUAGGCCAACUUUGCGUCGUCUCGGCAUUUUAUCUAUUUUUUUUCUUAAUAUAUACGAUAAUAGCGUUACGCUGAUCAAAAGGUCUGAUGUCGUGAUUAAGGUGCUCCCUUUUUCGGGUGUGCACCUUAUGCUUUUCUUCAAUUAGAACUGUAUGGUCGCCAUCAACAAUGAUCUGUUGAUGGUAAUGUACUGAAUUUAAGCCUCGUGUAAGUUUCCUCAUUAAGCUUUGCUUGUGCUUGUCCUGUUUGUCUGCAGCACGACAGUGUCAAAACAUUUUUUGGCCGUUGCGUGUGCGAUGACGUACGAUUGAGUCAUACUAAACUUUCGAAAUUUUCAUGCUCAUGACGUAUGGCAUUUUGUGUUCGGAGAAUAUUUAUGAAGGGUGAUGAAGAUGUGAUAUUUUUCGUCUCGUUCUUUCAUGUCGUUUUUCUCAAUUCAGUUUCGACAAUUAUAUAAAUCGCCCGAAGAUUUCAUCCGUAUUGUGGUUUACGGUCUUUCAUCAGAAUUCUAAAAUAUGAGCUGCUGUGAGUCAAGAUUUUAUUUUUGCCAGAUUUAUGUGAAGCUAAUAUAUAUAUAUAUGGGCAUCAGUAGAUAAAGAUAGCAUAAGAUUAAGGCUUUUACCAGGCUCAUAACCAGCUUCCAUCGAGUGCCUCUGCAACAGUUGCUACUGUUUCAUUGUUCACACCUAUUCAUUGCUGCCACUGAACGCGGGAUUGCGAGCGAGCAAAAAUGUAGCUUCUGUAUUAUGCGCGCUCUGGCGCUAUCCUGAUGCCAUGCUCGUUUAUUUCUUGUGGCGAAUCUUUCUCAUGGCAACUGCACUUUUACUGACUUUUGUGGGAGAUUACUGAACUUUGUCGGUGUUUUCAGUGCAGAUUACAAACAUCGAAACUUGUGGUAAUGCAAAAACGUCAACGGUCACGUAGCAAGUUAUUAUUUUUAAAUCGUGCAAUUCUUCAUUAUGUUUCAGUGAAUUAUUUGUGUAUGAAGCCCUAUCAAAGGUUUAAUUUUCAUUGAAAGGUUGUGUAACUUUUGCCCCUCAAUUUGGCAUUUCUCGCAACGUAGAGUGUUCGGAUAUAAGAUAUAAUAAGAUGUCUACCAUAUAGGUGAAGAGAAUUUCCAGUUGAUAUAUCCGUAUUAGCGGAUUCAUUAAGUAACAUUUGUUCAGGUGCUUUUUACUGUGUAAUAUGAAUAAAAGAGCUAACUUUAGAUAACUAAAUAAAAAGUCAAUGUGAGAAAGACAUAUAGUGUUUUUAACGACUGAGAGCUUUUAAUCUAUGCCAAUUUUUUUCUAGUCUAAAUUAGUGAAGCCAAAGAUACCAUGAUAGGGAAGUGUCGGAUUAAAAGUGGUUUGGGCCUGAUCUCUGUUGCAUUCUAAGAUGCCAACAGGUUACAACUUCAAGAUGAUUUCAAUCAACCUUCGAAUAACCUUUUUUCGAUAUUUCAAUAGACAGGCUGUAACCUCUUAAGGAUAUUGUAGACGAUUGUACUUUUACCUUAGUUUUUUACCAAAGAUUUGUGAAAAUUAAGAGAUAGACUGAUUUUAUGGAGCUCUCUGUUUCAGUUUUUUUAUGGUUCAACAUUUUAACCUAGUCCGAGAUGUAUGAAAUUAACGUUCCCUGUACAGGGCCCCAUUUUAUCAAAUUUCCUAGCACAAUUUCUGUAGCUAAGCCUGCAACUGUGGUAUGCUUCGAGAACAUCAUUUUUUAGGAGCUAUAAUGAAGGUAUAGCUUAAUAUUUACUGCACCUCCAGCAUGAUCGCCAUAUCUGUACCGUAUUAAUAUGUUUUCCAUUGCCAAUUAAUGAUAUACCUAUAAAGACAUGUUUGUCUCCCGUAUGUGAUGUAAUGUUACAAAUAUUCGUAUGACGCUACUUUCUUAGCAAGAUCGUGUGAAAAGCCUUUGAUUCCACCGAUUGGUAUUACGAUUCGAUGUUCCUUUUUUCUAUUGCGAAGUAAGUAUACCACUGUUGAUCCAGCAAUGGAACGCGACAAAUUCAUUUAAAUCACUUAAGCGUAUUGCAGCAACCUACUUGCUUGAUCUACCAUUUAAUCAAAUGAUUAUUGCAACUAUGAUAUUAUUAACUGACCUCUUACUUCCGUUUUCCUUCUCGAAACGCACAAAAGAAAACCACUCGCAAGUUUAUUUAGAACGAAUGUUUUAAAACCUACAACAAUGUAUUGCUCUGUGCCGCUCGAAUAUACGUACACAUAACGUUCGUGAUUGGCAUGACUUAAAUUGGUGUCUGUUUCAUCUAAUUAUAUUGAGGAGCGUGAAAUAUUGUAUUAAUAAGAUUUAUUUUCAAUGUAACUGCUUGAACUACAGCCCUACCGCUGUUUUUAAUAACGCUCGCUCUGCUGCUGGAUUUGCUUCCAAUCUUAGGCCUUCCAUAGAUUACUUGUCACGUACGAAAGUGCCACGUACUUGCAUCAUUUCUUCUUCUAUAAGGCAGAUUUUAUUUUCAAGUGUUGUACGGUACAUCAUUUUGUCAUUCAAGACCUGUAUGUAAUUAUUGUUGCCGUGAGUGAUCAAACUGGCAUAGUAAAUAUUCAAGAAGAUGUCGAUCAUUUGAUUAUGAAAAUGAAAUUUUGGUAUGUGUGAAGACAAUUUCCUCAAAUAAGCGUGCAAACAUUCUAAUGGUCAACUAUUCAAUUAAAUGUUUGGUUUCUUUGACUUACUGCGCAGUGAUUUCACUACUUGAACGGUGCUGUUCAUACUUAACAGUUAAUGAUAGUAAAGUACGUUAAAAUGUAGUUUGACUUCCACAGUAGCUUGUUCUAGAUUUAAGUGGUUUUCAUGUUCCUGGGUCGAGCCGAACGAGAAAGCGAACUUGAAUGAACUUUUCUGCAUAUUGAAUGUAUUGAAGUAUUGCAAUAAUAAUGAAGUGAUAAUUUCACUACAAGAACGAUGAGCCUGUCUUUCCUUUGAGCUUGAUUGGUUUGGUAUGACAAGCGUCACAAAAUGUAUCGGUAUUUCCUUAGUAUAAACUCAGUUUACUUAUCCAACGCAACCGAAUAUAAUGGACAAAUUUUUCGCACUGCCUGGGUCUGUUUUAGCAUUGAAAUAUUCAACGUAAUUUGUGCCCCAAUAUUAAUGGGUUAAAAAACACUUAUUUCCUCUGGGUAGGUGAUGAUGGUAAUGAUGCAUCUUCCUGAGCGCGACCUUAAAAGGAUCCUUUUUUGCACUAGACAUUCCCAAUAAAAAUCAGUGUUAU